AAAAUGCCUGGGACAAGAGUGGAUAUGGCGUUCCGGUACAGUUUUUGUUCAGCACUUGGAUUACAAACAUGUCACUUUCUCACAUCAGAAUUACAGUAGGCCUCCUUGGAUGUUAUUUCGACUGCGAUGUCUAGUUAUGUCUGCGGUUGGUGUAAUGGUAUUGCCAGUGUCAUACAAUGAGUUUUCGAGUCUCUCCGAGUCAAAGUAAGUUGCGGCAUAUUGGUGCAUGGAUCCUAACCGUUCUGGUACUGAGGUCAACUGUUUGCACUCCUCCGUCCACCAAGCGGGCGAUCGAUACCGAUGACGCAGAAGGCUUCCUGGAAAAAUAUGGCUACCUGUCACAUCUACACCAGGACGAACACAUACACAAUGCAGCUGAGGUUAAAACAGCAGUCAGUGAGUUCCAGUGGCUGUCCCACUUGCCAGUCACCGGACAGCUGGACAGUGCCACCCUGAAGCAGAUGGGCACGCCUCGGUGUGGGGUGAAAGAUGAGGGUAGCCACCAACUCUGGGCCCAGAGAGUGAACUCUGUCUUUACAGGCAAAAUGGCCUCCAGUGGGCCCCGAUUCCGCAGAAAACGCUCUGCACAGCCAGGUGAAAAGUGGUACAAGCGUCACCUAACCUACAGGAUAGUGAACUGGCCUCGUCACCUUGCCUCUGGCCCUGUACGACUGGCGGUACGCGCCGCCUUCCAGCUGUGGAGCAACGUGUCGGGUCUGGCCUUCCAGGAGGUCCCUGAGGGCCCCACGGACAUUCGCCUGGCUUUCUACGAAGGAGAGCACAAUGACGGGGCGAGCAACGCCUUCGACGGUCCAGGAGGAGCUCUGGCACACGCCUUCUUUCCUUGUCGAGGGGAGGCCCACUUCGACAUGGCAGAGAGGUGGACGCUAAAUGGACACAAAGGCCACAACCUGUUCAUGGUGACAGCCCACGAGAUAGGCCACACCCUGGGGCUGGAGCACUCACCAGUGCGCCACUCUCUCAUGUCCCCUUACUACAGGAAGCCGGGCCGCUCCCUGGUCCUCAGCUGGGAUGACGUCACUGCAGUACAACAACUAUAUGGAAAGCCUCCAGGGGGUCUGUUGCGGAGGUUACCGGGACAUGUUUUCAGCACAGCCCUGCAGGAGUGGGAGCUGGCUGAGGACUCAGAGGGCCGUUCUGGCCCGGCCCAGCCCCUCUACUGCCGGGGAGUCUUUGACGCCAUCACUAUGGACACGAACCAGACGGUGCUGGUGUUCCGGGGCGGUGUGUACUGGACGGUGUCAGCAGAGGGAAAUGUGAGCGUCCCUCUGCCUCUCCAGCAGCGCUGGCCCCACCUUCCUCUGGGUAUCCAGGCAGCUGCCUUCUCCCCCCUGGACAGCAAGUGGUACUUCUUCAAAGGUAAGGGGAUGUGGCGUUACUCAGGCAGUGUCCUGGAUCCUGGUUUUCCUAAGAGGAGUAAAGAGUUGGGCCUCCCACGCCACCCAGACUGCGCUUUCUACUACGCACCCCUGGGACACAUGGUCCUCUUCAAGGGGUCCCGCUACUCUGUGCUCAACCUGCACACGCUGAGGUCCGAGCCUUACUAUCCCCGCAAGCUGGCAGACUGGAUCGGGGUGCCCCAGGGGACCAACGGGGUGGUGACCCGUCCUGACGGGCUCCAUUAUUUCUUCAGGGAGCAGCAGUACUGGAGGUUUGACCCGGUGAAGGUGCGCGUGACCAGGGAGGGCCAUUGGGCGCGGGACUUGAAAUGGACAGGCUGCAGGCGUAAGACCCACCAGGGCAACAACAUCCUGUGAACGACAGAACUACAGAUCU